GCGGGCCGGUGCGGGGUCAUGGCGAGGGGCCGGCGGUUGUUGCUGCUGCUGUUCCCGGAGCUUCUGUUCCUGCUCUUCCUGCUCUUGGGGGUCGUCGCCGCUUUCAACCUGGAUCGCACCUUCCCGGUGCUUAAAGAAGGCGAGACCCCCCGUGGGUUCUUCGGCUUCUCGGUAGCGCUGCACCGGCAAACGGAGCGGGAGGAGCGCUGCCUGCUGCUGGUGGGAGCCCCCCGAGAUGCAGAGCCAGUGAAUGGCACACGGACGGGGGCUGUCUACGCCUGUCCCCUCACCGCUGCCACCAGGGACUGCCAGCGCCUCGACAUCGAGCUGAAGAGUGAGCCAGACAAGGCCAUCAUCGAUGACAUGUGGCUGGGGGUGACAGUGGCCAGCCAGCGGCAGCCGGCCGGGAGGGUGCUGGCCUGUGCCCACCGUUACACCAAGGUGCUGUGGUCGGGCAACGAGGACCAGCGGCGGAUGGUGGGCAAGUGCUACGUGAGGGGCAACGACCUGCGCCUCAACCUGAGCGACGAGUGGCAGACCUACCACAACGAGAUGUGCAACUCCAACACCGACACCGACGAGACCGGCAUGUGCCAGAUGGGCACCAGUGCAGGUUUUGCUGCCAACAUCAUCUACUUCGGGGCACCCGGCGCCUACAAUUGGCAAGGUACAGACUACAUGCUGCAGAGGGAGAUGUGGGACCUGCACGACUUCUCCUACCCCAACAAGAAGAAGGGCAAUAUCUACAUAGGUGGGGGGCAGCAGGAUGGGGGGCUUCCCCCUUAG